AUACACACCUCUUGCCAUUGCCAUCCUCCAACGCCACGAAGAGAUGGUUGAGUUCCUCAUUCAAAAAGGAGCUGAUGUGCACACUCGAGAUCUGCAUGACAGGACCACUCUUGUGAUUGCCGCUUAUGCUGGGAAUGUGAAUGUACUACGGCUUCUUCUUCAGCAUGGUGUUGAUCUUUUUCAUCGAAACAAGUAUGGCUCUGAUGUUUUCGCUUGUCACCGUCAGUUUAAGCCUGAAGUUAUAAAGACACUGGAGGAAUAUGAAAACUGUAAAAGAACAGGAGAACGCUCUGUAGGAGGCACAGGAGGUCCAGCAGUACCUGAGAUCUCUUGCUCUGGGACGACUGCUGCCCCUCCCAUGGGAGCACCUGUGCAGACUGGAGCAGGUGUCUUGCCAGAAGCUGGAGCACAGCAAGAGGAGGAAUGUGACUCCGUGUCUGAUUUAGACCUAACUUCUCUGAAGACUGAUUCUGAAGGUCCAGAGGAAGUGUCAGCUGUCAUGCUGCCUCAUGGUGCAAACCAACAAGGAGCGUGUGUGCAGCCUGUUGCAGAGGAGCAUCACAUUGGUGUGUUGCCAGCAGCAGGUGCAGCACAAGAAGAAGAAGAUUUUGACCUCUCUUCUUUGGAUGAGGUUUUUGCACUGGAGAGAGAAGAGCUUCCGCUCAAGAAGGAGGCUUCAACACAAACCGAUGGUCAAGGCGACACUGAGGGAUUCAUCAGGUGGCUGUGGCAGGAGCUUGUCAGCGCUCUCAGAAACUGCUCCAGAGCAGAAGUUUCACUUGAAGUCGAGAAGCGCUGCAGCAGGGACCUGCAGCAACAGAAACUGCAGCUGCAGAAGGAACUGAACCAUUCUAAAGCUCAGCUGCAGGAACUGCAAGAACGGCUGAUCCGGAGCGAGUGUUAUGCCGAGGCCCUGGAGAGUGCCAUAAAGAAUAAGGAGAGGGAGCUAACAGCUGCCAGGAACCUGCAGAGCCUUCUGGUCACCUCUUCUGGAACUGCAGCUAUCCCAGAGCUGGAAGAACGCAUGCAACAGCUCCAAGUUGGAAUGGCCAAGCUGGAAGCCACAGGCCGGCAACAAGCCAACACCAUGGAAGCCCUUCUGAAAGAGCUGCGAGCCUCUGCCUCACGUGGGAGCGAAAGCAAGGAAUUGAAGAAGCCGGCUGAGAAGAAACACCAAUUGGAAGCGAUUCUGGAGGAAACACAGACAAGUAAUGGCACCCUGGAGGAAGAACCUAGCGGCUUGGAGACGCUUCUGGAGGCAUCUCAGGCAAAGCUGAUGGAAUAUACAGUGAGGAAGAGAGAGUCCCAGCCCAGUUUCCAGAGAGGCCUGAAGAACAGCUGUUCUGAGGUGGCCAAGCAAGUUGGUAAACAGAGAAGAAAGCAGGUGACAAAAGGAGUCUCAAUGGCCUCCCGCCUUCCGGAUUUCCACAGAACUGGAGGUGCAGUUGCAACAACACAUGCAGCAGGCAAGAUAAACCCAGGACCUGUGAGAAGUUUUUCCGCUUUGCGUGGGACUCAGGAACAACCAGUCUGGAACCUGGGCUUAGCCUCAAAAGUCAUUCGGGACUCCCGUGCCACUGCUGAGCCUCCAGCACCAUCAGCCCUGACAAGAUGCCAGAGCAGAGGAAGUGCCGGUGCCCGAAACCAGGGUGGUCGCAAGAGAGAGGAAUGAAGCCUGCAAACCUUCACAUUCCAUCUUGUGCAGCCAUUGCCCUGCGUCUGGUGCCAGCUGUACUGUUGCAGCGUGCUAUUUAAUAAACUGUGUCGUCUAGUCCGUGUCUUCGUUUUGCUGCCCAAUUGGAGUGCUUGGGACCUCGUGGGUUUGGAUGAGGACAGUCCUAUCUUUGAAGGCUCGCUCAGGCUCUCAACCCAUGCAGGCACUUAGCAUGUCUCUCUCUGCCCUUGCUCUGAUGAAUACCAGUCGUGCAGACGCCUCCAAGAGGGAACACACAUCUGUGUCCUUUUCCCCUGAGGAGCCCUGAGACAUGGUUGUACUCAGGUCGGGGACUUGCGCUGAGCUACUGCUAAUAAUCAGUUACCAGACUCUUCCUGCCACCCUAGAGCAAUCCUCCUGGUGGUCUGGGCAGAAGGUGGUGGUUGAGCUUCUGGUAGCCAUGGAAGCUUUGCAGUUCCCAGAGCGAUCUGAUGGAUUUGUUGCCCGCCGAGGGGAAAGGUGCGAAGAAGUGAGCACAAGCUGGGACGGGGGAAUGGCACCUCAGCCAAAGGAAAACACUUUUCUCUUGUGAGGGUGGCGAGAGAGCAGUGUCAGGGAAAUGAAAUGGAUUCAAGUGACUCAGAAACAUAAGGAAAUAAAAGGGCCAGACCUACUUUUGGCUCCUCAGCAAAGGGAAAGUCUCCAGGGGCUCUGAGAUCCUCUGUGGGCUGAGCGUGGUCACGGUCGUGGUCCUGCUGGCAGCUGGGGACACCACGUGCAGCAAAGCGCUCCCCUUCCUGAACUACAUGCUGAAAUUCGGCUGGAAGCAAGAACCAUCACUGACUCUGGUGUGUGGGCCCUGGUCUGUUUGGGAGCGGAGGGUGGGCUUCAAAGCUCAGCAGGGCUCUGGGAGGAAACCCCUGCUGGGCAUUUCCCAGCUGACACGCGCAACUCUGAUCUCUCCCACUGACGUGGGCCUUCCCUGGCAUAACCCAGCAUUGACUGUGGGAUUUGCAUGAGCAACCUCAAGUGCCAUUUAAAGCUGCCACUGUCCUCCCACCUCAAAGUACGCGCUUUGGUACAUCCUUCGUGAACUCCAAAUGAAGGGACAACCUUUAGACUUGCAGCUGGUUUAACCUCCUAGCCAAGCAAGAAUCUGUUCCCUCUCUCCCUCUCAGUUGCCAGGAGAAUAAUAAGCCCCACAGAAUUAGUAACUCAAAGGUUUCACUCUGAAUACAUCACAGCUGUGGAAAAUAUAUACCCCAGCUUGCUGGGCUGAUUACUUGCAACUGCAUCCGAAACAAUCACUGUCGUCAUUCCCAGGCUGCUUCCCAGCACCAGCCUUAGCAGGAAACAUCUUGAAAUUUGAAGCCUGAGCUUGUAAGAUGUAGAAAUGUGAGGUGGUGGGUAUCCAAAAGUUCUCAGUGUGCCCUCAAGGGUGGGCACAGUGUGCAAGAGUCAGCAGUACAGCACAGGUUGGGUAGGAAAGGACAAGGCCUCCUCCCUUCUCCUUCCAUUUUUCUUAAAUGGCCCAGGGUAUCCUCGGCUGUCAAAGAUUUCUUCUCUUGCUGUAGGUAGAAAUGGUUAUGAAAUGUUAACUCUUUGCUGCAGGCUCUUCAGUGCAGUGCUAGUGCUGCCUCUCCCCUCAUUCUCUCUCAUUUGGUGAGGUAAUGUUUUGCCAAACAAACCGCAGAUUCAUGAGGUGCUUUCAACAUCACAAUCAGCACUGAGUCUCAAGAGCAUUGAACAGUCUAGUUCAUACUCACCUACAGCCAGGUCCUCUUUCUUAAAGGCAACUUCCAGCUGCUCCAGACCUGUGCACCCAGGGCAAUUUUGGGGUCUUAAGGUCAAAAUCUGUAGGCUUAGUGAUGUGCCACUUGUGGAUCCUGCUGAUGGAGCCUACUCUAAUUAUUUUAAUGCUGUGUUGUGCUGACCUGGGGCAUUGCACUACCAGAUAAACACCCUGCUGGCAGAGUCACCCCAGCGAUGGGGACUGGGCAGUGUGUCCGGGCCAUGCAACACAAGCUGGAUCAGCAGUUAGGCUAAACACAGCCCAGGUGGUCUCCUGAAGCUCCUUUCUCCAUCAUUAUCCACCCUAACGUCUCACAGCCAGUUUCAGGUGUGGCGGGCAGAGAGGUGCACCCUGGGUAGAUACGAGGGAGGAUGCAGUGCUCCGUAGAGGGAAGGCCUCCACGCCAGUGGUGCUUCUGGAAGAGGUACUUGUCUUCUUAAUACAUGGUUCCCAUAUCAGAAAGUUGCCUCUCUUAAAGUCACAUUUAGUGCAUUCUUGUCAGUGCUUCAGCUGCACUUGGCUGAAGACACCAUCUGCUGCGACACUCAGCCACAUCAUUGGCAUUUAAAAUGUCAUUUAGACCGGAAAGCAACUGAGCUUGGGUACUGAGGCAGGUGUCAUCAGCAAAGAUCAGCUUCCAUGAGUGACUGAGGUUGCUGAUAAAAGGACUGAACUGCAGAAGCAUUUACAGAGAGCCCUGCAGAAGACUGCUGAUUCUUCUGCAUAGUCUUUAUUUCCUGUACAUGCCUUACGCAAUCUACCUUGGAGAAGCAGUGUUUCAAGAGAUGUCAGUGACAUUCUACCUUUAAACUCCAGCAUUUGUGGUUUCUGCUGAUUGAUUAAAGCAGGAUGACUGGGUUUCUGUCCUCUCCAAAAACAGGGCCGACGAUAUUUCCCAAACAACGUUACUGAGUCCUAGGCUUGCUUCAGCCCAGCCAGGCCAGGAGGACAAGCCCAUUUUUCUGCCUUUCUGUGCAGUAUUGCUGCACAGAAAGCUGCUCAAAAUUGCCUCAACCCUCAAUAUUUCUGUUCCACCUGACAACAAAAGGACAAACCAGCUCUAAGGUCUCUUUCUUCAGCACAGGGCCUGCAGAAGAGUCACCGCAUCCCUGCCUAUCUCCUGAAUAGAGAGUCUUGUUCCCAGCUGUACCUCCUGAAGUGUUUAGGCUGCAAUCUAAAAAAUCCACAGGACAAAGAGGAAUGAAAUAGGUAAAAAACACAUUAAAAAGAAGUAGAGGCUAAAACUAGUAAGAAGUAAUUGCUAUACCCAGGUUUGUGCCCAUAGGGUAUGUAUAGAUGAGCGUUAGUAAUGAAGCUCUUCAACAGUGCUGGGGGAAACUUGGUUCUUAAGGUCAAAUAAUCUAUCAAGAUGAAAAGGCUGAAAGAGUCCUUUCCAUGUACGCUGCUCAGUAUGACUCAAAUUGCAUUUCGGCUGUGCUCGCUGCUUUUGUUGACUUUAAAGUAAAUUAAACAUUAUCAUUUUUUAACUAGAUAGUAGGCAGUAGCACUUCCGAACCUAAUUUAAAGACUAAAACUGGUUUAAAGCAAUUAAAGCUAAACCCCCCACCUUUAAAUAAUGAAUUAUUAUGGAAUUUGAUUUAAUAAGGAAGCAAC